AGGCCACAAAGAGGGCUUGCUUUUGUUGGCUCGACGAGUGAGCUGAUCUUUGCUGCUUACAACUGUGUAUAAAUAGCUAGCCCCCCUCUCCCUUCCUUUUCUCCUUUUUCUCUGUAAACCCUCAUAGAGCUUCAGCCCCCCCAUUUAUUAUUCUCUUUUUCUUUUUGAAUCUGAAGGGAAAAGAGAACAGAAAAAAGAAUGGGAGAGAAGCCAAAAUCUGGAGGUGUUUGGCCCACUGUUAAGCCCUUUGUUAAUGGAGGUGCUUCUGGUAUGCUUGCCACCUGUGUUAUUCAGCCCAUCGAUAUGAUCAAGGUGAGGAUACAAUUGGGUCAGGGAUCAGCAGUUGAUGUCACCAAGACCAUGCUUAAAAAUGAAGGCUUUGGUGCCUUUUACAAGGGUUUGUCAGCUGGGCUUCUUAGGCAGGCAACCUAUACAACAGCCAGGCUUGGGUCAUUCAGAAUUUUGACGAACAAGGCCAUUGAGGCCAAUGAAGGGAAGCCCUUGCCUCUGUACCAAAAGGCUUUAUGUGGUCUUACUGCUGGAGCAAUUGGUGCAUGUUUUGGUAGUCCAGCAGAUUUAGCCCUCAUUCGUAUGCAAGCUGAUGCUACCUUGCCUUUAGCACAGAGACGCCAUUACACAAAUGCAUUUCAUGCACUCUCCCGUAUUGUGGCUGAUGAAGGAGUUCUAGCCCUCUGGAAAGGUGCUGGCCCCACAGUAGUAAGGGCAAUGGCAUUGAACAUGGGAAUGCUUGCCUCUUAUGACCAGAGUGUGGAGUUCUGUAGGGACAACCUUGGCAUGAGUGAGGCUGCUACAGUAGUAGGAGCCAGCAGUGUUUCUGGAUUCUUUGCUGCUGCUUGCAGUUUGCCAUUUGAUUAUGUCAAGACUCAGAUACAGAAAAUGCAGCCAGAUGCUGAAGGAAAGUUGCCUUACUCUGGUUCUUUCGAUUGUGCCAUGAAAACUUUGAAGGCAGGAGGACCCUUCAAAUUUUACACCGGAUUCCCAGUAUAUUGUGUUAGGAUUGCCCCUCAUGUUAUGAUGACUUGGAUUUUCCUUAACCAAAUUCAGAAGGCAGAGAAGAAAAUUGGAUUGUGAUUUGCUGCUAAACAAUACAUCCGCUCAAGUUGAGCUCUAUUAGAAUAACAUCUUUGCAUUGUUGUAUUGGUACUUCUUUAUCUAUUUCUUUAGUUGCGCACCUUCAAAGUGAAAGGGUGCUUGAAGAUUUUUGUGGUGAUACAUUGACUCGUGAAAUUUAGGUUAGACAUUUGGUCUUUUUUGAUAUUCCUACCUAUUUAGUUUUGGGAGGACUGCUUUAUCCAAAUGGAUGGGAAGAUUCUUUUAGCUGAAUAAGCUAUGUACUUCAACAACUUUCUUGAAGUAGGUUUUAUGGAGUUUUACACCAGUUUCGGCUUGUCA